AUGGUUAUUCCCAACUACUCGUCGCGUGAAGAAUACGACCGCUUCUUCGCACUGGGAGUCUCGAUGUACGGACAGAUGACUGCCGGCAGCUAUUGCUAUAUCGGACCGCAGGGUAUAGUCCACGGAACCACUAUUACAGUGAUAAACGCCGGCCGAAAGUAUUUGGGGACAAAUGAUUUGCGAGGCGUUGUGUUCGUGACGUCAGGAUUGGGUGGAAUGAGCGGCGCUCAGGCAAAGGCCGCCACAAUUGCCGGAUGUGUUGGAGUGAUCGCCGAAGUGUGCGAAGAAGCGUUGCUUAAAAGGCGAGCGCAGGGAUGGCUCGACGAGAUUGUCUCCGAUUUGGAUCUUCUCAUCGAUAGAAUACGUGACGCAAAGAGGAAUAAAAUCGCGACAAGUAUUGGAUUUUUCGGUAAUAUUGUUGAGUUAUGGGAAAGACUUGCCGUCGAAUACGACAAAACAAAAGAGCUUUUGGUUGAGUUGGGAUCGGAUCAGACGUCGUGUCACAACCCCUUCAAUGGAGGCUAUUAUCCAAUCGGUUUGACUGUGAAAGAGGCCCAAAGUCUGAUGAAAACCGAUUCAAAUCAAUUCAAACAACUUUGCGAACAAAGUCUUGUCCGACAAAUCGCUGCAAUUAAUCGUUUGUCUCAAACGGGGCUUUAUUUCUGGGAUUAUGGAAACGCUUUCCUAUUGGAGGCCCACAGAGCAGGUGCUGAUGUCGGCGCCGUUAACACAGCUUUCGGCUUACAAUUCAAAUACCCGUCUUAUGUACAGCACAUUAUGGGAGAUAUCUUCUCAUUGGGUUUCGGGCCCUUCCGAUGGAUCUGCUCAUCAUGUGAUCCAAAAGACUUGGAAAUAACCGACAAAAUAGCACUCAAUGUACUCAAAGAACUCUCUCAAAAGGAUAACAUUCCCAAAGAAGUGAAAGACAAUUAUUUGGAUAAUAUUAAGUGGAUUACAGAAGCAAAAGACCACAAUCUAGUGGUCGGAAGUGAGGCGAGGAUUCUAUAUUCGGAUCAAAUCGGAAGAGUGAGUAUUGGUCUGGCGUUUAACGAAGCCAUCAAAAACAAGACAAUCCAAAGUCCGAUCAUUCUAUCCCGAGAUCAUCACGACGUGAGCGGCGCUGACAGUCCUUACAGAGAGACGUCUAACAUAUACGACGGAUCGGCAUAUACUGCAGAUAUGGCCGUCUCAACAGUGAUGGGCAACGCUGGCAGGGGUUGCACUUGGGUUGCCCUUCAUAAUGGAGGCGGUCUGACA